GGCGGCAUAUUGUGCUAAAUUAACCCUAAUCCCUAAUUCAUGCUGUUCCCUAUUCGUAACAGCCACCCACCCACCUCUCUUUCUUCGUCUUUCUCUCUCUUAGCAACUCUAUUCUCCUCAUGUCCGUACAGCCUCUUCCCUCUCCCAUACCCGCGUGCGCCGUCGUUCCGGGCACCAUCGUCAUCGCCAUCGUCCGCGGCCACCGCCGCAAUCCUCAUCCAUCGGCAUUUUUGAUUCGUCGUCGACAACAUUUCAUCGUCGUCGUUUCUAUCUUUAAGAAGAUGGUGCGUCCGUCCCGCCGUAGCAACACCAACAAUGAGCAACCGAGGAACCCACCUCCAACUAGAUCCGGAGAUGCAAAUCUGAACACCACCUUAGUCUCACUUUUGCAUACCACAUCCUCGGCAGCUGUUCCACCUCAGACCACUGUUCCACCUACUAUCCAGAAUCCGCUACAAUCGACGACAGCACCUCAGAUAAAUCCUUCGGCUUUUGCUCCACCUCCGCAGCAGGCUACUGGUGUAGGGAUGCCUUCGACAACUGUUCCCACUACCAUUCCAUUUGCGCCGUCGACUACACUUCCCGAUUUCGUUCCGCAUCCGUCACAAACCACUAUUCCCACCCACUCCGCCACUUUACCGCAGAGCACCACAAUGGAUCCCCUGGUUGCCACCCUGAUACAAACUGUUGUCGGACUAGUGCAGACUCAGCAACAGAAUUUGCAGCAGAAUCCCGUUCCUAGUGCCGCUGAGUCGAAUUCCAGAGUUCGAGAGAGGAGCAUCAAUGAGUUUAAGAAAUCUGCACCGCCACCUUUUUCAGGCACUACAAAUCUGGAUGAAGCAGAAACUUGGAUCAAAGAGAUGGAGAAGGCAUUUUCGGCCAUGUAGUGCACAGAUGAGGAGAAAGUCAGAUUCGGGACGUUCAUGUUUCAAGGCAGAGCAAAUAAUUGGUGGAAAAGCUAGUUGAGAACUCUCGGCAAUAAUUUAGCAGCCCUUUCAUGGAAGGAUUUUCGAUUAUGCAAAGUACUUUCCAAGGAGCAAGCUUCGCCAGCUUGAAAGACAAUUUCUGGAUUUGAAGUAGGGUUCGAUGUUUGUGGAGAAGUACGAGGCUGGGUUUGACCGACUGUCCCACUUCACCCCAAAACUGGUAAAUGAUGAUGAGUCACGAGCUAAGACAUUUGAGGAAUGAUUGAAUGGACAUAUUCGCACUGGUCUCGCACCGCUACACCUUGAGGCAUAUGAUGAUGUCGUUUCCAGAGCGAAAUCUUUGGAUUUAGUAUGGAGGCAGACUCAAGAAGAGCGAAAGGCAAAUCAAAAGAAAAGGAAUAGAGAUUCUUUCAGAGAAGGAGAUCGAAAUUCAAGAGAAUCUGACAGAUCUAAUGACUCGGGGAGGUCGCGUAAUACACCAGCUCCUCGUGGUGAACCACCAAAUCGAGAUCAGAAGCUGAAAUGUUCAGUUUGUGGUAGAUGGCAUAAGGAUUCGGACUGCUGGCACGUCACUGGUGGUUGUUUCAGUUGUAGAGAUUUGAACCAUCGAAUAGCUCAAUGCCCUGUGUUUAGCACUGACUCUGGCACUGGAUCCAAGACUCAGGAGAAAUCUAUUGCUCCAACCGGUCGUGAUCAUGCUGUUGGAAAAACUUUCUGAUCUUUUAUUACAAUAUUCUUUAAAAACCAAUUUGAAAAUUUAAUUACAGGUUUAGAAAAAUCCCGAAACGAAAUUAAAUAACAAAUACGGUAAAGAAAAGAUUUAGAUAAGACCUGUGGAUCGAGGCGUGCAAAGCAUUGUCCUAGAAGUGAAAUUGCCCCUCCACGUGCGAGGCUUCCCAGCAAUUACUUCUAGCGAUACAACGACCACGUUCCACUCCGUCGGCACGCUUCCAAGGUGGCACAAGAUAAACCCAACCAGCUUCAGAUCCAGUAAAAGAAAACUCGGCGAAAAUCCAGAAAGCAGAAAAAGACAAGAGACUUUAGGUUUCCAGACUGAUUCGCAAGGCGGGGUCGGGACCGAGUGAGCGUUAGAUAUAGCUAGAGUUUGAUUUUAGUCCUUUUUGUUUUAUGCCUAGCAUAUUUAGAUGUGAAUAUUUCUUUUUGGACUUCGUAAAUGAUCGUUUGUUAUCUGCUUUUAUUUCGUUAUUUAUUCGUACCUACCUUUGUUAAUUAUGGUAUUUAGUGGACCGAAUUUAUUAUGUUUCGUAGUAAGCUUUAGUUUUAUAGAUGUUAGAAUUC